AUGACGUCCAGUGAUGACAUCGCUGUGUCUUACGGCCCUCAGCACAGCUAUGCUGCAACAAUUGAGACCUGUUUCCUGCUGUUUAUGGGACCCAGAGAUGGUGGAGAUGGAAGUUCGGCGGAAUUCUUUGCCUCGCUCUGCCGCGGUGGUGAAUCUUUUUUUGCCAGAACGUUUAGAUGUGUUGAAGACUUCCGAGUGAGUCGAGUAGUUCUUCACAACUCCGGCUGA